AAUAAGCUUGUGCCGUGUACGUUUGAGGUUACGUUUUUCAUCUAAUUAGUAAUUGUAGGCAAUGUUGGUUGAUGAGUGAUAGGAUAAUAGUGAUAGGAUAAUUUUAGAGUGUACUCAUUGAUUGUAUUAAUGAACCGACCCAACCUGUUUAUCCAAGUUACUUCCAUGUACUGAAUACUGAUCAAAUAUUGUUGACAAAUACAUUUAUGUACUGCAUUGCAAUGCAGUGAUAUAUUAGUGGACAUAGUGCCAGUUUCAUUUCGUGUUUUAUUCCUGUUUGAUUUUGAAGUAACCGUACAGUUCCACGAAGCUUACUACCUCGCGUUUACUGCAGUACAAUUUUAAAUUCUAACAUUUUGUUCCCGAUCUGCUUUUUCUUGCUCUUAUAUAUUCCUCUUAACAACACUAAUCAGUUUGUAAGGGCUGGAAGGGGUUCCUGAUUACAGAAAUGGAGCGGAGAUUGUCGAGAAAGAACCUUGAUGAUUUCAGUCCGGCAAUAGCGGGGAACACGCAAGGUAACCGAACAAACAUCUACUCUGACUACCAAGAAAUCUCACCUUGGAAUGCUAAGUAUAUCCAGGAAUACAAAGUGGUGGACAAGCCCUUCUACCGCUACAUCAUGGGGACCAUGUCUGACUUUCAUCACUACCUUCAGAAGUUCCCUAUCACUUUAGUUUUUUUCGCGUUUUUUAGGUCCGUCGGGAUGUUCUACGGAAUAAGUAACCCAUUUAUGGGACUGUGUGGUUUAGCUGCUGCACUCUGUGACUCAUGGUACAACUUUGUUUUCCUGUCUUGGUCGGUUAUAUGGAGUAUGAUUUGGUGUUUCUACCUCCGAAUACCCAAAGAACUGAUCUUAAACGGUCUUUACCCAUCUCAAGGAAUAAUAGUGGGGUACGCGAUGUAUGUAACGUACGGUGCUGCACUCCACCCUCAAUGCCUCAUGCAGCUUAUAAUACUCAUCCCACUGCUGUUCUUCAACAUUAUCUUCUUCGAGGCCCUCUGCAGUGUUUUUGUGAAAAGGUUGAACGUUACUCCUAUGAUGUUAUCAGGACUAACCCUGGGAAUGUCUUGGCACCUUGCCAUCAGGAAGUCCUACAGUUUCUACACUAACGCAGUCACGCCCAGUCUGGUUGCUCCUUUAACUGAUUUUGCUACAGACAACAUUACUUUUGCGGGACGGGACUGGUUUGACGUAUCCCCAUACGAAUACGGAAUAGAGAUAAUAUACGGAGUGGCGAUGUUACAGUUCUCCGUUUCAAUCUGGAGUGCCAUCCCUAUUUCAAUAGGGCUGGCAAGUGCUUCUCCUAUCAUGCUGAUAACAACAUGGUGUGGUUCCUUUGUCGGCAUCAGUACCGUCGCCUUCCUCAGACCCAAGUGGGAUGUUGUCUCUAUGAGGCUGGGACUGUACGGCAUCAACUCCAGUAUUACCAGCAGUGUUCUUGUCGGCAACUUCUUCUUGCUGAACUUUGCUUCAGUGGUGUUGGGCAUAGUGGCUGUGAUGACUGCAGCGAUAUUGAACAUGGCAGUUCAAAGCUUUUGUCAGCCGUUCGGAAUUAAUUGGUUUGCCCUGCCUGCAACUAUAGUCUGUAUCAUCUGCUACAUGACGGCUGGUUCGUUCCCUAGCCUGAUACCUGUUAACCUGGUUGACCUUACGGUUCCUGAGGAUCAUUUGAGGAGAUAUUAUCUCUCUAAACUUGUUAUCAAGCAAUUUCACAUGAGCACAUCUCUGGCAGAGUACAAGGAUUUGUCCCCUCAAAAGCUACAAAGCAUUGAGAAGUCAAUGUUACCAGUGCUGAUGUGCGCGUAUGCUAAAAACGGGAACUCGAAGUCCAUUAAAAAGCUGCUGGAGUACGGAGCUUCCCCUAACUCAAGUGACUACGAUGGACGUUGCCCUCUUCACAUAGCAGCAGCAGAGAACAACCAGGAUGUGGUAAAUCUCCUGUUGAGCUGGAACGCUGAUGUCAACUCUAAAGAUAACUACAGUAAUACUCCGCUAUCAGACGCUUUGAAGGCAGGAAACACCGAGCUCGCUAAACUUAUUCACUCCAAAGGAGGUAAAGUGUAUUUGCCUAAAACAGCGAUCGCAUCAACUCUCUGUUACCAAGUUUACAACGAAGACCAUGAUCUUCUUGAGGUUUGGCUACAAUGUGGAGUGGACUGCAGUUUACGGGAUUAUGACAACAGAACAGCAUUGCACAUUGCGUACUCGAGGAAGAACAGAACGGCUAUGAAGAUCCUGGAGACAUAUAGCGCCAAUAAGGAACUGAAAGAUAGAUGGGGCAACACGCCGAUGGAAUGCUUUGGCAGUUUAGUUAUAGAAAAUCCAAAUGUUGCGGAGUACAUGGAGACCAAGUUCCCCUACCAACCAAUCCGGGCUGCAAGGAUUGCUGCUAAGCACCUAGACGCUGAUCUGAUCUCCACAGUUCUCAUGGCUCUACUUAAAGAAAACAGAAAAGAUGAAGCAAUGGAGGCAACAGAAUCCACCCCGUUAUUGACGAGGGCUGAUAGUUUUGAUAUCAAGCCUAGAAAUUUGGACCCGGUUAACGCUGCACUGGUUCCCUCGCUGAUAUGUGCUUUGGUGUACAUGCAAGAACAUGACACUCUCCAGCGCCUCAUACACCUCGACCUUGACCUCAACGUGAAAGACUAUGAUAACAGGACCCCACUCCACAUAGCAACCUCUGUUGGGGACCUGGAGUCCACUAAACUACUCAUCUGGAACCACGCAGAUGUUAACGCCCUGGACAGGUUCGGUUACUCCCCACUCUUUGAAGCAGUGCAGCAUAAACACGACAAUGUGUGCAAACAUCUCAGGAGCGCAGGAGCUAAACUAUCCAUGACAAAAGAGAUGGAGGUUUCAACUCUAUGCUGGGCAGUGUAUAACAAUGAUUUCGAUAUGUUAACACGUCUUGUUGAGAAUGGGGCUGACAUUCAAGCAAAGGAUUAUGACGAGCGGUCCUGUUUCAGCUUAGCUGAGGACCUGGAGAACCCCAACAUGGUCCUACAUCUGGAGAACCUGAAGAAGAGAGUUCAGAAAAAGAAGAAGAUGGAGAAGGAUCUGUCAGAUAAUCGUGCUACUUCCCCUUCCGAGAUAUCUCCUAAACUUAGUAGCAGGAAGAAUAGCGAUGAAACGAAGAUAUGAUAACCGGACAGAUUUAUGUUGAUAGAUAAUAGUUGUUAUCAAUGAUUUACUGGUUUAAUCUAAGAACUGAAGUUUGCAUAAUACUGAAUACUGGUACGGGUUUAUUUCGUGGUUUAUAUUUGGAUCAUUAUAAUUAUGAUUUAUGAGACAAUUUUAUUAUUGCGCGCUUAAUACUUAUAAAUUACGUCUUGUACAAUUUUUACACUUUUAUCAAGUUUUAUUAUG